UCUUUGCUAUUGUUUAGUUUUCCUGCAAAAGUGCUUAGGGCGGGGAUGAUUUCAUUCGUAAAUCCGCAGAACCUAUCUAUUUAUCAAGAAACUUCUUUUCCUUAUAAUUUUUCGGAAAAGAAAUGCCAGCCUACUUUUAAUCCCUAUGCUAUGAACGGCGGAACUAUUAUGGCUGUAGCUGGUGAAGAUUUCGCAGUAAUUGCUGGGGAUACACGCUUAAGUACAGGCUAUUCCAUUUAUUCAAGAAAUAUCUCAAAAACUAAACCAAUCACCUCCACUUGUGUGUUGGCUACUACUGGCUUUCAUGGAGAUGCGGUCACUUUACACAAGCAGUUAAAUUGGAGAGCAAAAGUCUAUUGGCAAAACCACGAUAAGGAACUUUCAAUUUCUGCAGCUGCUCAGUUGCUUUCCACAUUGCUUUAUUACAAGCGCUUCUUUCCUUAUUAUGCUUAUAAUAUUUUGGCUGGUCUAGACGAAAAUGGCAAAGGUGCGGUUUAUAGUUAUGAUCCUGUUGGUUCAUACGAGCGAGAAGACUAUCGUGCUGGAGGAACGGGAGCAUCUUUAUUGCAGCCCUUUCUCGAUAGCGAACUUGGCCAAAAAAAUAAACAAAAUAUUGAAAAGAAAAAGUUUUCCUUGAGUGAAGUACUUCUUCUUGUUAAAGAUGCCUUUUCUGGUUGUGCUGAAAGGGACAUCUACACCGGAGAUUCCGUUGAAAUUAUAACCAUUACUAAUUUUGGGAUCCAGCAGGAAACUUUUAAUUUGCGUAGAGAUUAA